AUGACCCUAACGAAUCCAAAAGCCAAAAUUCUUGUAUUGGAGAGAGGCUCAAUAUAUCUAUCUGAACAUCGCCAACAUUACUCUACUCCAUUACCUACUCCAGGAGAUUUGGAAUUAAGACCAUGGAGUAUCUCGCCCGAAACUCUAGAGAAUGAAUAUGUGCAAAAAGUUUGUGGGCAAAUACCAUUCCUUGGAGGUAGAUCUACGCAUUGGAGUGGCUGGAGUCCAACACCAUCAACAAAAGAACUAGCUGGAUGGCCAAACGAUCUCAAGAUGCAAUUACAAAAAAUAUGCUUUGGUCUGGCACAAAAAUUCCUUGGUGUUAUUGAAGCAAAUGAGAUAAAUGCAUUUGAGAAUGGUAAUUAUCUCUAUGGUACAUUUCAAUCUGGCUUAAAAUCACGCUUGGAUAGUGCUGAUACUAUAGAAUCAGUUGACGAUAUUCUUCAUGCUCCACUUGCUAUGGGCAACGAUCGAUCCAUCAAAUUCUCCACAGUAGAAAGGCUACUAUCGAUGGAAAAUGUUACUGUGAUUUAUGAAUGUACAGCGGAAGAAAUUUUGCAUGAUGGAAAGAAAGCAACAGGUCUUCGAACAAGUCAAGGGACUAUCGAAAUCCCCAAUAACACUAAGCUGAUAUUAGCAAUGAGUACAUUACCUGCUACUACACUUGUGCUUAACUCUUUCGAAUCGCCUGAAUUUCCUCAACUUUCUAACGUUGGAAAGAGAUUUACAGCACAUUCUGUCACCUCAGUAAUAGCUCGAGUACCUAGACAAAACCUAUCACUUCCAGACAACGCUCCCGACGUUGAACUGGGUGCAGUGUACAUUUCAGGCAUUAAAGACGGAGGACAAUAUCAUCUUCAAUUAUCCGGAGUGGCCUAUACACAGUGUAAUGAUACCAACAAUAUUCAUGACAUCUGCAAAAAAUAUACAGCUAACUCAAUACCGAAAGAAUGCAUCGAUAGAUCCCGAGACGAUAUUGUGGUAUCUUGCUCAACAUUAGGAGAGCUGGAUUACAAGAAUAAGAGCAACCAGUUUAACUUGACCAACAACAACCGAAACCUCACUACCAAUGGAGAACUAACGUUUCACCUUAAUGAUCAAGACAACCGAUUGUGGGACUUGAUGGACAGUGUAACAUUUGAGGUAAUGAAUAAACUCUCGUGUUCCGCAAAUGGUGAUGAUCUGGAAUAUUGGCAUGAAACUGACAAAAAGUGGAAGAAAGAUCCUCCUCCAUCAGACCAAAUACGCAACAAGAAUCUUGUUCAUGAUGCUUCAACAAUGUGGAUAGGCGAUAAUGAAGACACUGAAGCACCAGUGGGUCUUGAUUACCGCCUCAAAGGUGUGAACAACGUUUACCUUACUGGAGGAGCAUUGUGGCCAACUGGCGGAUCAUGGAACCCUGUUCUGACUAUUGUUGCUAUGGCAAUGCAUUUAGCCGAUACCAUGUAA